AUGAAUAAGAAGUAUCAGGAUAUAAGUAUGUACUUUGUAUCAAAUAAGAGACAAAGAAACGAUGUUGAUGAAAAUAAUUCAGACGCAUCAACGACAACAACUCAUUUUUACGGUACAAACAAUAAUAACGGCUACGAAAUCAUUGAUAAUGAUGUAAUAUCAGUCACUAUUCCACCUUUAUCUGUUAGUCAACAUCAUGACACUACUAUUAGUAUAUCGGCUUAUACAGAUGUUAUUGGUUUAUAUGUUUCAAAUAAUGCAGCUAAAAAUAAUUUUUCAUUAUUAAAUCGAUUAUUAACGAAACCGUGGAUUUCACCAUCAAAUUAUAAUUAUCCAAAAAUCGAACAAAGUGGGAAAAGAAGAUCAGUAUGUCAUCAUUCAUGGCUUGUUAGAUAUUCUUGGCUUAGUUACUCAAAAAUGCAUCAAGGUAUUUAUUGUCGAUAUUGUGUUUUGUUUUCAAGAAAAGGUGAAAAUCAAUCUCUUGGUCAACUUAUUAAUAAACCAUUAAGAUCACUGAAAGAUGCGACGGAAUACUUAUCCAAUCAUAAUGAAUGUAAUUAUCAUAAGUUAUCUGUCAGUCAAGCAACAGAAUGCGUUUCGCGAUAUGCGCAUACGAAUUCAGAUGUGAAUAUACUAUUAAAUAAUAUUAAUGAACAACAACAAAAUGAAAACAGAAGAAUACUGGCAAGUAUAAUUAAAUGUACUUUAUUCUUGUCAAGACAAAAUAUUGCAUUUAGGGGUAAUGAUGAAAAUGGGAUUUUAGAUGAUAAUAACACCAAUCCUGGUAAUUUUAAAUCAUUAGUGUUAUUUGCAGCUGACGCUGGUGACCAAGCACUACAAAAAUAUUUAAAUCAUCAUCAAAAAAAUGCUACAUAUUUAAGUUGGCAAACACAAAAUGAAUUAGUUAAAAUUUGUGCAAUGUUAAUCAAGAAUAAAUUAUUAAAUGAAGUAAUUAGUACAGAGAAAUUUUAUGCUAUUAUUGCUGAUGAAACAGCAGAUAUAUCCGGUACAGAGAAAUUAUCAAUUUCAAUACGUUUUGUAUCCGACGAAAAUGAUAUUUCAAUAAAAGAAGUCUUUCUUGGCUUUGUAGCUUUAUCUGAUACAACUGCUGCUGAUAUUGCAAAAGCAAUCACAACAUUUAUUCAAGCGUCUGGUCUUAAAAUAGAAAAAAAUCGUGGUAUAUUUUUCAAAUUAUUAAUGAAAGUAUACUCAUUUUACAUAUUUUCAGGCCAAGGCUACGACGGUGCAAAUGUUGUUGCUGGUAGAUUAGGUGGAGUGCAAAAAUUGAUAAGAGAUAUUGUACCACGUGCAAAUUAUGUUCAUUGUUCAAAACAUUCACUUAACUUAGUUCUUGCUGUCGCUUGUAAACUUCAACAAAUUAAAAUUUUUUUUGGCUUGAUUAAAUCUAUUAUAAGUUUUAUAAAUGGAUCAUCAAAAAGAAAAUCAAUGCUUGCUAAAGCUAUUGAAUCUACCAAUAAUGAAACAAAACGUCGACAUCUUGUGAAAUUAUGUGAAACACGUUGGGUUGAUAAACACACAUCAAUCAUCGUAUUUAAACAAGUCUUUUUUGGUUUUAUUAUUGGUUUAGAUUAUUUAGUUGAAAGUAGUGAUUCUGAAACAAGUGGUCUUGCACGAAGUUACGGAAAAGCUUUAACUGAUAUUGAUUUUGUUAUUCCUCUUAUUGUUGCGAAUCGUGUAUUUUGUAUAACUAAACCAUAUGCUGAACAACUUCAAAAGCCAACAUGCGAUCUUCUGAAAUGCUAUCAAAGUAUGGAACACGCUUCAACUUAUUUAGCUGAAUUAAUUUAUGAUGAUAAUCAAGUAAAUGAACUUUAUAAUGAAUUUACUAAAUUUAUUGAACUUAAUGAAAUUGAUAAUUGUUUAUCACGAGCAGCAAGUCGACGUUACGAAUCUGUCAAAGAUUAUUUUAUAGACGUAUACAGAACAUUCAUUACUACAACAAUUCACUGGAUGACGCAAAUGAAUUACAAAGUAAUUGAAAUAAAAUCAAUUCCCUAG